UUCAAAGGCUACCAACAGGUUGAACGUUUCAGUGCAGCUUCAAAGGGCUUUAAACGAUACCAGACGACGAAUAAGGGUCUUAUCUAGCGAAACGAUCGGUCAUUUUCGAAAAAAAAAAAAAUACAACUAUGCUUUAUAAACACAAAAUAUCGCCUUGAACGUACUUUCCGUUUACGCAUUCUUCAAAACGCUUACGCUGAAUGUCCCACGCCUUCCCUAUUCACCUUACGGAAAAAAAACUAAACUUUCGAAAAUGAGCCGAUUGUUUCGCUAGAUAAGACCCUUAUUCCUCAUCUGGUAUCGUUUAAAGCUCUUUGAAGCUGCACUGAAACUGUAAUUUUGACCUUCAACCUGUUGGUAGACGUUGAAAUCCACUAUAUGGAGAAAAAUCCUGGAAUGUUUUCAUCAAAAAUUUCUUUUCGACUGAAGAAAGAAAGACAUGAACAUCUUGGAUGACAUGGGAUAAAAUGUCAGAAGCCAGAAUUUAUCAGGAUGAGUUGAGGUGUGCAGUGUGUAUGGAUGUCCUGAAGGAUCCAGUGACCAUUCCCUGUGGACACAGUUACUGUAAGAGCUGUAUUACAGUCUGCUGGGAUGAGGAGGAUCAGAAGAGAGUCUACAGCUGUCCUCAGUGCAGACAGACCUUCAGUCCAAGACCUGCUUUAGCUAAAAACACCAUUCUGGCUGAAAUGGUGAAGAAACUGAAGAAGGCUCAACUUCCUGAUGACUGUUACGAUUUGAAAAUGAAAGGGUUAAAGGCUACGCAAAGGAUGCCUCAGCAGAGGAUCCAGCAGAGAGAGAAAGAUCUUCAGCAGCUGAGAGAGGCUUUGGAGUCUCAUAAGCGCUCUGCACAGACAGCAGUGGAGGACAGUGAGAGGAUCUUCACUGAGCUCAUCCGCUCCAUUGAGAGAAGCUGCUCUGAGGCCACACAGCGGAUCAGAGAUCAGGAAAAGACUGCAGUGAGUCGAGCUGAAGGACUUCUAGAGCGACUGGAGCAGGAGAUCAGUGAUCUGAAGAGGAGAGACGCUGAGCUGGAGCAGCUUUCACACACACAGGAUCACAUCCAUUUAUUACAGAGUUUCCAGUCUCUCUCAGCACUUCCUGAAUGCACAUCCAUACUCAACAUGCCCUUCAGUUCUCUCUCCUCUUUUGAUGGUGUGAGAGAAUCUGUCCGUCAGCUGAGAGACAAACUGGAGGAUUUCUGCAAAGAGGAGCUGAAGAAGAUCCCUGACAGAGUCACUUUCACCAGCAUUGUUCCCAAAACCAGGAACGAGUUCCUAGAAUAUACCCAUCGGCUCACUCUGGAUCUGAACACGGCACAUAAACGCCUCCAUCUGUCUGAAAAGAACAGAGUGAUUACUGAAACUAACAAAGUCCAGUCGUAUCCUGAUCAUCCAGACAGAUUUGAUUAUUGGUGUCAGGUGUUGUGUAGAGAGAGUGUGUGUGAUCGACGCUGUUACUGGGAGAUUGAGUGGAGUGGGCUCCUUGGUCUGUAUAUAUCAGUGUCAUAUAAGAGCAUCAGCAGGAAGGGUGAGGGUUAUGAGUGUUGGUUUGGACAUAAUGAUCAGUCCUGGAGCUUGUUCUGCUCUUCCUUCAGAUUCUCAUUCAUUCACAAUAAGAUAGAGACUGAUCUCCCUGUAGUGUCCUGCUGUAGAAUAGGAGUGUAUGUGGAUUACAGUGCAGGAAUUUUGUCCUUCUACAGUGUCUCUGGAGACACAAUGAGCCUCAUCCACACAGUCCAGACCACAUUCACUCAACCGCUCUAUCCUGGGUUUUGGGUUUAUCAUUGUAGAUCAAGAGUGAAACUGUGUCAGUGAAUCAGAGUCGAUUGAAGAGAGAUUCUACACAUAAUAUUUAAAAUAACAUUCAUUUCCAGAGCCUUGAGAAAGUUUUUCCUGUUUUGUUGGAAAUAAUAAAAAAAAAAAAAGGAUUUUAUGUAAUGGACUUUAGUGGUAGGUUCAAAUUGUUAAAGAAGAAUGGGAUAAUACGAAUUAUAAAACAAAAAUAAAAACUGAAAAGUUACGAGUGCAUGUGUAUUCACAGCAUAUCAGUGCUAUAAAAUCCCUAGAAGAGUAACAUUUUUAAUUAGUUCAACCAAAUUAUGCUGUCUUCACAUGCACAUGCACAGUUUCCUAGGUUUAAAUUGCACAUUUAAUGCCCUCCCAUUUCGAAACUUGAGUGCGAUGAGCUCAUAAUCACGACUUCAGGAGUGGGAACUAUCAAAUUUCUGAUAGCACGUGAAGGCAGCAUUAACCCUUAAUUGUCCCUUAAUUGGACUAACGUUUUAGUCAGAUAGAUCCCAAACUUACAGAGCGAUUGCAUAAGGAAAUAUACAUUUUUUUAUAUGAUAAACUAUAUAUCACUUUUUAAAUUUACUUCUCAACUAUGCAUUUAUGCUGUUUUUGUGGAUAUUUUGAAGUUUUUUACCUAUUUACUGCACAAUUACUUAACCACACCAUAAAUUGGCUAAUGAAAAAUUGAUUUUUAAUGAAAGAAAUCACUUUAAUGAACUUAAUUAAAUCUAAAUUGUAUUUGGACAUUGCUCUAUGUGUUAGGGAUAGAAUACUGCCAUCUACAGGUUUUUGGAAAAACUUUAGAAAUUAUAGUUAAAGAAAGAAUGUGCAAUGACCACAUAUAUCCAAUAGAGGUCAAUGGGGACUCAUUUCAACUUCAUUUGUCUUGAUGCUUCAACCUAUGAUAAAUAUUUUUUUUAUAUAUAUAUUUUGUGAACAUGCUUGUUCCAUGUUGCCUUUGUGCUCUAAUAUUAGUACUUCAUUUAUGUAUGGACAUUUUUCAGAUUUAUGCCAGUUUUGAUGAUUUUAUUUGCCAAUUUCUACAAAAAUGCCCUCUGUUAAACACUUUGUGUUUAUGGUCUAGGACCAGACCUUUAUUUAAAUGUAGAAAUUUUAAGUUUUAUGCCAGUUUUGUUGAUUUUAUUUGCCAAUUUCUAUAAAAAGGUCCCCAAGGACCUUUAACAGUGAUUUUUUUUUUUUUUUUUUUUUUUAACAACCAAAUCAAGCCCAGAUUUUGUGUGCGCACUUAGAUAGAUUAUUUAGGAAAAGUCUCAUACCCCUGAGAUGAAGAGAACCGUUUUUAAAAAUGAAGGAAUCUUUCAGUGGGUUCAGCUGGACCUCAAGGACCAAUUAAGGGUUAAGGUGCGUUCAUGUCAUAUCGUAAUUACUGUAACUACGAGAUUCUGGCUCGUAAAAAGAGUUCACGUCCUUGUAAAUCUCGUAAUUGACCCUUCGCAAAGACCCGCCCCCCCCCCCCCCCCUUAGUUACUGUUGCUUUGUCCGACAAGCCAUGGCGCUGUCACGCCACACGCAGUGAAAAAUACAUCGUGAAGCAAAGAGGACACUGACAACAUGCCACUUGAUGCCACUUAUAGCAUCAAAUAAACAUGAAUGAACAUGAGAAGGAAUGUUGUUUCAAAUGUGGUAAGAUGUCAGUACACACCAUUUUUCAAGUUUAAGUCCACCGAGGUUAAUCGUCUAACUCCUGACUGCUUUGUCGGACAAAAUGGCGGAUUCGGCUUUCUGAUUGGUUAGAUCGCUUGUCAAUCAAACUCCUGGCGAAGGGUCAAUUACAGCUUGUAAGCCACCUGACCGCUGUAGAUUCACUUAGGCAUUGAUAGAACAGCCCCGAAUACAACGUUACAUGUUGUCAUCUCAAGAUUCCGGUAAAUACGUGGUGCUGUGAACACAGCAUUACUUCAGAAGUCACAUAAUUAGUUAAUUAAUGUUCACCUGUGUGCAAUCAAAGUGUUGCAUGAUCUGUCACAUUGUAUCAGUAUUAGUAUACCUGUCACAUGUGCUCUGUGUUUGUCCUUGGACUUUUAAGUUGAAGUGUUUCCUGUGCUUUAUGUUGUAGUUCUUUGUAGUUUUUCAUGUUGAUUUGUCUCCCCAGGUGUUUCUUGUUUCCUUGUUAAGCCUGUUUGCCCUUGUGUGUAUAUAUAGCCCUUGUGUUUCCUGGUUCUUGGCUAGUCGUUCUGUAACGAUCGUUGAGAGACAAAGCAGAGAGAGAAUCCAAUUGCACGCACACUUUUAAUAACAAAACUCCAUACGAAAAGACUGGAACCUUAGACCCAAGACAUGAACACGAUUCGUCACAACACAUGAAACAACGACUAGCAAAGAACAAGAAAACACAAGGGCAAACAGGCUUAACAAGGAAACAAGAAACAACUGGGGAGACAAAUCAACAUGAAAAACUACAAAGAACUACAACAUAAAGCACAGGAAACACUUCAACUUAAAAGUCCAAGGACAGACACAGAGCAUGUGACAAUACCUAGUCUGCAAAACCACUAAUCAUGUGGACCAAGGAACUCUCCAAACACAUCAGAGACAAAAAUUUGGAGGAGUGUAGAUCAGGUUUGGUAAAAAAAAAAAAUAAUAAUCACCAUUAAUGAGAAGGUCACCAACCAGAACUCAUAAACAGGGCAAUGAGGUCAUUAAUCAGAGAUUCAACAAAGAUAUCAAAGAUAACACUGAAGGAGCUAGAAAGAUCCACUUUAGAAAUGAAAACAUCUGUCCAUAGGACCACUUUAAGUCAAACAAAGAGGGGUUUAUGGAAGAGUGGGUAGAAAGAAGCCAUUGCUUAAAGAAAUAAGAAAACAUGUUUGAAGUUUACCAAACAGCAUGUGGAAGACUCCUCAACCACAUGGGAAAAGCUUCUCUGGUCAGAUGAGACAGAAAUGUAAAGGCCUUUGCACACUGAGUCUGAAAUUUUCGUACUUUGUUUGUCAUACAGUGCCACUCCUUUGUGCUGUAGAAGACAUGAAUCAACUUGUCAGAUGGCAUUGGGGAUUUUGAAAUUGUCAAACUCUGAACGCUCUGAAUUGUCAAAACGUCUCUCAAAAUGCGUGGCAUGGAUGCGAAAAACGCAGAAAAUCGAACCUGAUCCGAAUUGUUUAUGACGGACGAAAGUUUCGGAGGCAGUGUGUAAACGUGAUUGACACAACGUGAGGUCAUAUUUAUUUUUUAACGUGCGAACAUUUCGCACGUCCGAAUUUCGGACUCAGUGUGCAUAUCAAAUUUAGGACCAAGAUAGUUCCUUAUUAGGUAAUCAAUAAUUACUGAAUGAGAUAGGAAUCAUUAAAAACUAACAGGCAAUUAUGACAAAUUAUAAAGAAUUACUAAUGAAUUAUUAAUCACAACAUUAAUGUGUGAGAUGUGAGCAAUUGUCUUUUUUUACUUAGAAGAUGGUCGUAAAAAAUGCAUCACUAUUUACUCAAGUGUUACCUAAGCCUCGUUCGGACUAUCAGUCCAAAUCCGAUUUUUGUGCAUAUCUGAUUGAAAUCCGAUCAGGUUUAGCAAGUCUGAAUGGCCAAAAAUCAAAUGAAAUCCCUCAAACUCCACUAUUAAGUACAUACAUUUAUUUUUUAAGUUUUUUUUAAUUUUAUUUCAUUUUUUGAAAAGCUUCAAGCCAGAAACACAUAUUGUUUAUUAAAUUUGUUGUAAACGUGUUUAUGAAUUUUCAACUAUGUAACAAAAUGCACAUUUAUAGAACUACUCCAUAUGUAAAAGAGGAAAUGAGACAAAAUAACUGUAAAAUAAAUAUUUUGCUCUCUAUUUUCUAAAACUUUAAGAAAUUGACUGUUUUUGAGAUCUUGUCAACUAAAUGAAUGCCAAGUUUAGAAGGGGUUAGGGGAUAGUAAAAAAAAAUAUUCCUAGUGGUUGAAGGUACUGUAGGCUACAUAAAUUUCCUCACUGAAUGAAAUGAUGUUCUGCAGCUUAGCAACUUUACUGUCAAUGUACUGUUGAUGAAUAUGAUGAUUAUGCAAUUACUCUAUUUUGUUUAAAGUUGUUUUUCUUUGUAGUAGCUUUAUGUAACCCAAUUAGUGAUGAUGCAUAAAAAUGUAUUGAAAUGAUGUAAUGUAGAAAAGAAAACUAUGUAUAAGAAUGAUAUUAAUGGCUAUUAUGUAUGCAUGUAUACUUAACCAUGUUGAAGUAGUUUAUAUAUGGCUGUUUUACUUACAGUAUAUGUUUAUGUUAAAAAGAAAUAUUAAACUGUAGUGUAUAGUACAAAAUUUAUAUUAAAGUAAUGUAGAGUAGAGAACAUUUAUGUAUUAGAUACAAGGAAAUUGUAAUGCUGUAGAUAAAGCAUAUUUUACAGACGAAAAAGGAGACGGACACAAAGUAGAAGAGCCAAGAGGAGAGCUAACAGGAGAAAACGCAGGCUACGUCAGAAACACCUUAAAAGGAUUGUGGAAGACUUGGCAGCUCUCCAACUGAUGACAACAGGCAAGAAUUUAACAUCAGCAGUGAACUGUUUGAGUAUAAAAGACGGAUGAGAAGACUGGCCAGGCAGAUACAGAUUGAGCAGUGUCUCUCGACGUGAGAAACCCAGUUGAUUGACUCAACCUAACCUGAGAAUAAUAAAUAAUAAGGUUAAAGGUGUUAAGGUAAAAGUUAUACACCAUAAAACAGUACACAUGACUGUUUUUGCCUGGUCCAGUUUGAGAGUAUUCAUUUUUAUUUAUUUAUAUUUUUGCAGCUUCUUUGCAUUUGAGACCGUUACUGUUUGACUCAGUGGGCAUGUUGGUUUCCUCAGAAGUCUUUUCAGUUUGUUCAGGUGAUUCUUGUACUUGAAAGUGCUGAAGUUGUAAAGGACACCAUGCUUUUUUUGCAUCAUCUGCAAGAUAUUACAGUCUUCAGCAUCACUGUAAAAUAACAAUGUUUGAAACUCCAUAUGAAACACUUCAUAUUCACAGAACACAA